AUGAAUGCCGACGACCUAAACAGGAUAUUAACAGAGCAAGUCAAAGCCCUACAGAACUUAAAUCAACAAAUGGUUCAAGUCCAGUCGAAACUAAACAUUAGGAACGGAGAAGGUUUAGUAACGCAAUUACCUAACCUCCAAGCGAACGUACCGUGGCCUCAACCACUUGAUGUAGACAAAGGUGACGUCAGAGAAAAUUUUGAGUUUUUCAAGGACAAUUGGAAUAACUAUGCAAUUGCUACUGGAAUGUCGGCAUGGCCAGAUACACAAGAGAAACAAAAAAUCAGCAUCCUACUAGCUGCGAUUGGAGUACAGGCGAUGAAGAAAUAUCUCAAUUUCCAGCUAACAGAAGAGGAAAAAGAUACCACAGAAAAUGUCCUGAGAAUCAUCGAAACAAGACUCACAACAGCUAGCAAAAAUGUUAUCUAUGACAGGUAUCUUUUCAACACCGCAGUCCAACAACAGGACGAAACCUUCGACAACUACUUAAUCAGACUAAAAAAACUGAUUAAGAACUCUACGGAAACUUGUAGAGUACACGAGAUUACAGAAAAGCAAGUUAAUUCUAUGCAAGCGGACGAGAAGGUAAUAUCGACGGUGAACAAAAUAAAUAAGGACAGAAGCACUACGAACAAGUCCAAAUUAUGUCGAUACUGCGGUAGCGCACAUGUAUUCGUGAAAGGCGCGUGUCCAGCAUUUGGUAAGACAUGCAAGUUCUGCAAAAAGAAAAACCAUACGGAGAAAGUCUGUCACAUGAAAAAACGGAAUAAUCCCAAAGGUAACCAGAUCAACAAACUUGACUUGAGAGAGGAAAGUCAUGUUUCGGAGGACUCGAGUAGCAGCGACUCGGAAGCUGGGCCGAUCCAGAUAAAAAAAGUAUGCAUCACUGACUCAGAUGGCUCGUUGGUUGCAAAUCUGUGGUUCCGCAUCAACAAGAAGUGGAAAAAGAUAGCUUGCGAGUUGGAUACACGAGCGAGGUCAUGCGUUAUGGGCUACAAAUAUUACUGUAGCAUCGUACCCGAGCCUCACAGAGAAAUGCAGCAACCCUCAUGUCUUCUAAUGGAUUUUGGAAAACACAACAUCAAGGUGCUAGGAGAAGUCAGUCUUAAGUGUGUACAUAAAGGAAAAAAAUAUCGAAUAAAAUUCCGAGUUGUGGAUGAAGACUGUGGCCCACUCCUCUCAGUUCACACUUGCAUGGAUUUAAAGCUCAUAAAAGUUUGCAAUUCAGUCCAAAUGCAGAGUUUAAAGAUAAAUAACUGUGCAGAAACAGAAGAAAUUGUCAAGAGGUACCAAGACGUCUUCCAGGGAUACGGCCUGCUACCAGGGACUACACAACUGGAGAUCGACGAGAACAUAGAGCCAGUGAUUCAGAAGCCACGAAGAAUCCCUAUGAGCUAUCGGAAUGAUCUGAAAGAAGAGUUGACACGUUUGGAAAAGAAAGGAAUAAUCGUUAAAGAAGAACAACAUACGGAUUGGGUGAGUAAUAUUCUACUAGUUAAAAAACCAAAAUCUUUUAGAAUUUGCUUAGAUCCAAUACCGUUAAAUAAAGCAUUGCAGAGGCCAAAUUACCAAUUCACAACUCUCGAUGAAGUCCUCCCAGAACUAGGAAAGGCAAAGGUUUUUAGCACAGUCGACACCAAAAAAGGAUUUUGGCAAAUCAAACUCUCUGAAGAAAGCAGUAAGUUAACAACGUUCUGGACACCGUAUGGACGAUAUCGAUGGCUUCGUCUACCUUUCGGAAUUUCUGCGGCUCCGGAAAUCUUUCAGAUGAGAAUCCUUGAGACAAUUCAUGGACUACAAGGUGUCGAGAUAUUGGCAGACGACAUUCUCAUUUAUGGUCAGGGAGAUAAUGUGGAGUUGGCGAUAAAGGAUCACAAUCGUAAUCUGGAAAAUCUCUUACAAAGAUUACGUGAAAAUAACUGCAAAUUGAAUAGAUCGAAGCUAAAUUUGUGUCAGACUUCUGUUAAAUUUUUCGGACAUGUCCUGUCCACAGAGGGUCUGAAACCGGACACUACAAAGGUCGAAGCUAUAAAAAACAUGCCAAACCCUAAGGACAAAAAAGGGGUUGAAAGAUUUGUCGGUUUAGUAAACUAUCUCGGCAGAUAUCUACCUAAUCUAAGCUCCGAGCUACAUCGGCUACGAGAACUAACAAUGCAGCGUACACCUUGGAUUUGGACUGAGGUUGAACAAAAAGAGUUCAAUAAAAUCAAAGAGAUGGUCGCAAAUAUCGUCACACUUAAGUACUUUGAUGUAAACAAACCAGUUACAAUACAGUGCGACAGUAGCAGUCAUGGUCUAGGAGCAAUACUUUUGCAGGACGAUGAAGUAAUCAUGUUUGCAUCCAGAUCUCUAACAAAAGCAGAAAAGAACUACGCUAUGAUUGAAAAGGAGCUGCUAGCAGCUACUUUUGCGUGUACUAGAUUCGACCAAUACAUAGCCGGUAAAUCAGGGACUAUCAUCAAGACGGACCAUAAGCCUCUCGUCAACAUAUCGAAAAAAUCUCGUCUGAAAGCACCUAAGAGGCUCCAACUGAUGUUUAUGUACUUACAACGCUACGAUUUGGAAUUCCAAUUUUUAGAAGGAAAAAAGAACGUCGUAGCCGAUGCUCUUUCUCGUGCACCGGUCAAUACAGAAGAUCAGAAUGUAGAUAGGGUUAGGAACCACGAAGAGAAACUGUUUAAACAAAUAGGGUGUGUCAACGUUAUACAAUGCCUUAACAUUACAGACGAAGUCAUCAACGAGAUUAGAAAGGAAACGAUCAAAGAUGCAUUUGGCGCAAAGAGUUGA